UUCUACUCAAGAAUGCGAAAAAUAGGCCAUCACAGACGGUGAAGUUUAUUGCUCUUUCUGUUUUGUUUUUAAUACUAUUCAAGUAUUGUGAUAUUAACUAAUAAAUGGUUUCAAUGUAAUUUACGUAUUGAUUCAACACUUCUGUGCCAUCAGUAAUCUCGGAUUAACUGGAUUUCACUUGUGUAUCACAAGCAGUACACAAGUGAUACAUAAUCAGAGUGCUGUAUACUUGUGUGGAGCAGAACAUAAGUUAUACACAGGUCUUCAAACUAAUACUAAAGUUACAACAUAAGUUAUAAGACAAGUUCUGGAGUAAUUUGAGUGUUACAGAAGUCAUGGAGUUAUAAAAAGUUAUACAGAAAAUCGGAACAUUGUUAGGUACUUAUAACACACAAGUGGAGUGUUCAACAAAAUUGAUUCGAAUUGAGAUUUUGAUACAGAUUAAAAUUUGAUACAGAUAUAAUAAGCGGCGGUUUGAUAACAGCUUAAUUAACAAAGCAACAUGUAACAGAUAUCAAACAUAGCAAAGUAAAAUCAAUUCAAAUUUGUCCAGUGUCGUAUUGUUGUGAUACAAAUAUUGUGACCAUACCAAAGUGAUAGAAUUUGAGACAAUACUAAUCAUUGUGCUCCAUCAAAUUUUAUACAAACUUGUCUAGGGACCUACUGUUGUGAUAAAAAUUCUGCUACCACUCCACACCAAAGUGAUAAAAAUCUUGUCUCAAUUCUAAAUUAUUGAUACAAAGUCGAUGAUAUAAGGAUUUUAUUUUCACCAGAUUACAAAUAUUUACAGUGUCCAAAAACUGUUGGCUUGAUACUAAAGAUUUAUAUACAAAUUCCACGACCACACCAGAGUGAUACACAAUAUUGUUUUGAUCCAAAAUUGAUAGGUCGAUGAGUAUUGUGAUACAAGGAUUCUAUUUUCACCAGUGAUACGUUUUGCCGAAAACGGUUGACUUGAUACAGAAGUGGCCACAUUUGAUACAGAAGUGGCCGAAUUUGAUACAAAAGUGUCCAAAUUUGAAACGAUUCACAAGCAGUAGCCAUGGGUAGUGCGGUGAGUACGGGAUUAGACAAUGACGAUCUCGUCGACAACCUGAUGGAAGGAGAGUAUAUAAAGACGACGAUGGUCGAGGAUGUUUUCAGAGCGGUCGACAGAGGCUUCUACUUUCUGCCUGAUAAGAAGGACAGUGCCUACAGGGACCUAGCCUGGAAGGAUGGUAACAUCCACAUGUCGUCGCCAUGUGUCUACUGCGAGGUCAUGGAGAGUCUCGAGUUGAAACCCGGGUUGAGCUUCCUCAACGUUGGCUCGGGGACCGGUUACUUCAACACCAUGGUUGGCCUCAUAUUGGGUCCGCACGGAGUGAACCAUGGCAUUGAAAUGUUCGAAGACGUCGUGGAGUAUGCUAACAAGAAACUGGAUGAAUUCAAAAAAACGUCAUCAGCCCUAGAUUCUUUCGAUUUCUGUGAGCCGAAAUUUGUGAUAGGAAACGGUUUGUGUCUUCCGUCCGGAUGUCGUCAGUAUGAUCGGGUCUACUGUGGAGCGGCCUGCCCUGAGGGUCACGAACCAUAUAUGCGCCAAUUGAUCAAGAUUGGAGGUAUCCUAGUGAUGCCGUUCAACCACCACCUGUUGCAAGUGAGGAGGACAUCUGAGACGCAGUGGGAAACCAACAUUAUGUUGCCCGUCUCCUUUGCAACUCUACGCAUUCCCACCGCCAUCGAAGCCAGGAACACUGUCACACUACCUGAAGUAGAGCCGAAGAGUCUUCAGGAACUAUGCCGCUUCGCGAUUCGUCGCAUGCUGCGGGAGUCGGGCGAAUUGAGACACCCGGAGCUGUGUGACCGCAACGCGGGGAAAAUCAGGCGCCAGCAGCGGCGGGUCCCGCAGCGGCAGCGGAAAAGCGGCAGGCCCCGCAGGAGCGGCCAUGUCAGGAGAUGCUUCGAUAACCACCAGAUGGUGAAUGAGGAUAUCUACAGAGGGUGCUCGAACAGUCCCCCCUUUGCGUGCCUUCCAUUGCAAUAUGCAAUUUCACGGCCUUCGAAUGCUGCCGACCAUGAGUCGGAGGAUGAGGAGGGGGAUUAUUCGUCAUCAGACGAUGACGAGGGAUUGGCAGAAGAUGAGGAUGAUGAUGAUGAUGAUGUGGAGGAGGAGGAUGAGGAGGAGGAGGAGGAAGAAGAGGAAGGAGAGAGAAACGCGAAGAGAGCAGAGAGCACUGCAGGAGAGGCUAGUCAUUCGUCGAUCAUCGAGCAACGGCGAAAGGUGGCCAAACGCGAGAAAUUCGACAGUGGUGUUGGGGAUGAGAUGGCAAACGGAAAGGGUCUCUCCUCUGAGGAGGAGGAGGAGGAGGAGGACCAUGAAGAGGAAGUGUUGGAGACGUGGUGUGGAGACAGAGUUCAUUAUUUAGAUCGUGGCGUCAAAACUCUUUCAAAUGAUGACGUCACUACAAGUAGUGGACUUGACUUGGACGCCAGUCAGUGGGCUACCUAUGACCGGGUCAUGCGCGACGGCAUAAUGGAGUUACCCCUCCCCUCCAGACUCAAGUCGUAUCUCAACUUCAACAGGGAGUCUUAAAGUUGUUUCUUUCUUCAAAAUUCAUUGUUUUUCUAUAUAUUGUUUGAGUGUUUCGAAGAUAUAAAUAAUAUGCUUCAAAUUAUUAUGCUAUGUUGGAGUGAAUGGAAACUGUGAUUAAAAAUAUGCUUCGAAUCAUUAGGCCAUGUUGGAGUGAAUGAAAAUUACCGAUGGAGGAUUCUUCAAUGUUUGUUUCCAUUAGGAACUGCCUUAUAAUCACUUUUGAACAUUUAAAUCACGACAUUGCAGUCUGAUAUUUAUAAAUAAAAGCUAUUAGCUUCUACCAUAGAGAAACAAUAGUGUAAGUAGAUAUCCCAUGUUAUAGGGCGUUUAUAUCGCAACUUUCACUGUUAUCUCAAGCCGAUUACUGUCUAUGUUUACUGUUUUGACCGGGUAAGAGUGUAUGAACGGCACAAUAUGAGAGACUACCAGCGUCAGAGAGCUUCACAGGAAAGAACUACGUGGACUAUCAGCUUGAGAUAACAGUAAAAGUUGCGACAUAAACGCUCUAUACCAUGGGAUAUCUACUUACGCUAUUGUUUCUCUAUGCUUCUACUCACAUUAGUGGAGCGGCUUCGGAAACCUGAAAAGCGUUCCGAAAACUGUGUCCACAAAGAGUAAGAGCUAAAAGCUUUUAUUUAUAAAUAUCAGACUGUGCUAUGUUGUAAUUUAAUUGUUCUAAAGUGUUGGAGAAUAUUAUGUGGAAUAAUUAACAUGGUGUGAGAUGAAUAUUAUGUUGAAUUCGACUGAUUUUUGAGUCGUGAGUAGUUUAAAGAAUUUUUAUGUAAGUGAGAAUAUUGUUAAUAUUGCUGGAGAAUAUUAUGUGAAAUAAUUAACAUGAUUUGAGAUGGAAAUAAUGUCGAAGUGGACUGAUUGUUGAGACGUGAGUGGUUGAAAGAAUGUUUAUGUAAGUGAGAAUAUUGUUAAUAUUGUUGGAGAAUAUUAUGUGAAAUAAUUAACAUGUUGAGAUGAAGAUUACGUUGAAGUGGACUGAUUAUUGAGACGUGAGUAGUUGAAAAAUUUUUAUGUAAGUGAGAAUAUUGUUAAUGAAAUGUGAUGUAGUGCAAAGACGUUUAAGUGAUUUAACUUAAGACUUUAUACGAGUGUGAAUUAGAGCCAGACGAUAAUUACUAUAUUAAGUGCCGGUUGCACAACAGCCGGUUAAAUUUUAACCGUGAUUAAUUCCAUGAGAACUAAUCAGAGAAGGCCUUUUUGAUAAGACGGCUUCUCUGAUUGGUUCUUGUGAAAUUAAUCAUGGUUAAAAUUUAAUCGGCUGUUGUUAAACCGGGACUAAGAGUGUUUUCAGACGGUGUUUUUAGAGUCGGCCUGAGGUUUUCGCCUGGAAAAACGUUCAAUGUGGUCUGGCCCUAAUUGUAAAUGGAAUGUGAUUUUGUAGUGCAAUGAUUUUGAGUGUUUUUGAUGUUUGAGUUGAAUUAUGUUGAAGUGAGCUGAUUUUUGAGAAUUGUUUGAGUAUUUAUCGAGGAUUGUUUGACGCUUCAUUUACAUAGAAUACAGUCAUAUUAUUACUGGGAUGUGAUAAGUGAAAUUAUGUUGAAGUGCAAUGAACUGAUGUAUGAGAAAUUAUCGGAAGUUUAUGCUUCCUAUUACAAAAUUAUUACUAGAGUGUGUGAUGUUAUUGAUCAAUAGAUGUUUAAUUAAAUUAAAUUUAUGUACUGAUGUAAUUAUAUAAAAAUUGAAAACAAAGUACCCCGUUUUCUACUUUAUUUAUAAAAGUUGAAAACAAGGUACUUUGAUUUUCAAUUUUAAUAUAAAUACGAGUAGCCCUUACCAAGAAAAUUAAUACUGAUGUCUUGUAAAAUGAUGUGUAAUGUAUCGAGGAUAUGGUGAACUAUCUUUGCCUGGUUCAUACCAAGAGUGAUCAAUUGCUAUCUAUGAUAUAUUACUAUAAUUAGUGUAUUUAAUGAUGCUUAAGUUUUCGUCAAAUAAAUGUUCAAUGUAAAUUGUAUUGAGAAUGUCAGGCUUUCAAAAUCAUCUUCGCUGUGUUGCUUUUAAACGAUUUUAAUCCUUAGUGGGUGCUAUGAUGUAAUUUAAUACAUGUGUUUUUGUGUGAAAAAUUGUAAUAAGCUACUUUGAUUUUGUAAAGUCACUGAUUCGAGAAAAAGUUGAGACUUCUUUGAAGAAAAUCUUUGAAGUUUUAGUUUGAAUUCUACAAUAUUCUAUAUUUGAAAUAUUUAUAAAUUCUUCUAGAAACAAUCAGCCCCGCACCAAUCUUCAACAUUAAUUUAUUUAUUUGAAUAUUGUCAUCAUGAUUUGUGUCAUCAUAAAUUAUUGUCGAGUCCUCAUGGAUGUGUUUGUUCUCAUUAAUAAUGAUGGCCUACCUUUUUUAGAAAUUUAGCACCGCUUACCGAGCUCGGGAUUUAGCUAAGUUCUAGACUUUAAACAGCUGGAGUCAGAAAAUUGGCUUUCCAAAAGGAAGCAUAGUCAUAGUCCACGUUUAAAUUAAAUUUAAAAAAAAAAACUAGAAAAUUGAACACAAAAUGAAAUAAAAUGAAAAUAGUGUAAAGUUUCAGCUAUUUUGAAUUGUUUAGAAAUGUUUAAUUUCGUCGAGGAAAAACGUUUCCAAUUAUAUAAAUGAGAAAAUAAAGAUUUUAUAAUAAAAAACUGCGACUACGCCCCGUUUCGGAAAGCCAAUUUUCUGACUCCAGCUGUUUGAAGUCUAGAACUUAGCUAAAUCCAGAGCUCGAAAACCGGCCCUUAAAGAUCUAAACUGUAUUUGUAAACCUUGACAUGAAGACACAUCAUAUUCAAUUACGUAUUAGAGCUCUACUUGAUUCAAAAACCUGAAUUUUAUCUAUGAUAUGGAUGAUUCAAAGAGUAAUAAUUCACUGUUAAUUCACUAAACUGUAGAAGAAUGCCUGUUUAUAACAUUAAUAAAUUACAAUCAUGUAAUUAUGAGAGAAGAUAGCCUUGUUGUAGAUUGUAGUAUCAGAAAAUAAUAUACAUUAAGGGCUGUUUGCACAGUAUAGAUUGCUAAACUCGAUUAAGUUAAUCGAGUUUAAGUUAAUAUAGAGAUCGGUUUUCUCAGUGCAUUUACUAUUCCAGUUUAAGUUGAACUAGUUUAGCGUUAAGUUGGUAAUAGAAAGCCACCGUUUAUAAUAUCAGAAAGGCUGACUUUUACAGGAAAUUUGUUAUUUGUUUACAAACCAUCAAUAAAUUGAGGUUAUGUAGCUACUAUUUCCUAGUUCAAAAUCCACAGAGCUGUAAGCUGUAUGGUAAUAAAAGUGAAAAGCGAUCAAAAAUUACGAAAUGCUAUAUUACAAACUUAUAUUUAGUAGGCACCAAAAAAAAUAUUUUAGAAUGUUUUAAAAGAAGCAAUUUUUUUCGCUUAAAUUUACUACGGUCUUCCUCGUUUAUUAGAAAUCUCUCGAAAGCAAAAUAUUUCAGUUAUGUGUUAUUAAAAACAUGUUUCCUAAUCAAAGACCUCUGUCAAAAAUUGUCUUAUUUUCUAUCAAUUGGUUUAUUUAAUCAAAUAUAGGAUUGGCAGUUGCUUUAUUCAAGAAAACCGUUAAGAAAGUUCUCUAUCAUCCCAGAAAUUUAAAUCAUUCGUUUUUGCCCAAUUUUUCUCAGUUUUGAAAUUUCUUCGCAGUCAUCUUUAUCAAUCGCAUUAAAAACUUCUAUUAAUUCCUCCAUUACAAUUAUUUUUACAUUCAAAUAAUGAUUUACUAUAAAUUAAAUAUUAUUAUCGUCUACAGAAGCAUUAAAAACAACCGUCGAAAAAUAAUUUACUAUUAGCUGUUUCCCCAUCAAAUCUUUACAGAUAUCAAGUUGAUCCAAAUUAUUUGGUUUAAACCUCCUGCUUUGAAGGUUUAAACUUUCCCAGAAUUUAAACUCAAUACAAAGUUUAAACUGAUACUGUGUAAACGGAAUUUUAGUUGAAACAAAAAAAAAUCCAGAUUUGGUUUAAGCUUUAGCUUAAACUUAAACUGUGCAAACGGCCCUAAGUAACAAUUUGUACGAACUGUUGUCAAUAACUUGAGUUGGAAAGUUAGUUAGGGUUAUGAAUGAAUAGUAAACGCUUCGCUCUCCAACACCAACUAACAUUAUUUCAUUAGCCAAAUAAUCACUAAUUAAUGUUCAUUAUAAGUUUACAUUAACUGUGAUAUGUUAGCGAUGUAUGUUUAAAUGUUAGCAAUUAGAGUGAAAUAUUACUAGAGUAAGGGUUUGAUGGUUUGUAUGUUUUCUAAAGUACCGUACUGUAAUUUAAGAGCGUUGAAGGUUGGACUUUAUGGAUAACAAUAUUAAGGUACGGUAAAUUUUGUAAGCGUUAGACUGAUUGUUCAGGUUUAAGAGAGGUUUUUUGAGAAAUAUAAAUAAAAUGUGUUAGAUUCAUAA